UAUAUAGAAAUAAACUCUUGUCUUAGGCAUACUUGAUGUGCUAUAAUUUGUUAGCCGAGUAGUAUCACUUAUUUUCAUAUUAGCAUGAAAUUUGUACUUCCUGACCUUAGAUCAGGCAUAUCACGAAAUUUCCAAAAUGCAAGGCAGGAGGAUGUACAUGAGUAUAUGGUCAACUUACUUGAGUCAAUGCAUAAAUGCUACCUGCCUUCUGGUGUACCAAGUGAAUCACCUAGUGCUUAUGAGAAAAGUUUUGUUCAUAAAAUAUUUGGUGGUCAUCUACGAAGUCAGGUGAAAUGUCAGCAGUGUUCCUUUUGCUCCAACAAGUUUGAUCCAUUCUUAGAUCUAAGCCUCGAAAUUUUCAAGGCAGAAUCAUUGCAAAAAGCACUUGCAAAUUUCACUGCUGUAGAUUAGUUGGAUGGAGGGGAGAGGCAAUACAAUUGUCAAA